CUUUAACAGAGGUUAUGUUAUUUAUUUACACUUCCAUAAUGUUUAUUUAUUAAUAUAUUAAAUUUGUGAAAUCUUAGAAGUACAUAUUUUUUAUACUACAUUAUAUGUAUAUCCCGGUUAUUUUCAGCAUUUCGAUUACCAUUAAAAGGUACAAUUAUGGCUGAAGAAUUGAAGAUCUUGAAACAAGGUGCGGAGGCAAAACUGUAUAUAUGCAAGUACUUGGACCGGCCUACGUUAAUUAAGGAGAGAUUUAAAAAAAACUAUAGGCACCCAGACCUUGAUGCUACUAUCACGAAAGAACGAAUAAAAAACGAAGCCAGAUCCAUAGUGCGAUGCAAAACGGCGGGAGUUCGAACGCCGUCAUUGUAUUUAGUAGAUUUCGAACGUCGUCGAAUUUAUAUGCAACAUUUUGAAAACAGUAUAACCGUAAAAGAUUUUAUCAUUAAUAUUGUCAAAAAGACGGAGCAAAAUGAUGCCGGCGAUACUGAGAAUGUUUUAAAUUCUGUUGCUACCAUGAUAGGCCACACUGUUAAAAAAUUACAUGAAAAUAAUAUAAUUCACGGUGAUUUAACAACUUCAAAUAUGCUACUCGUUGAAAAGAAACCUAAAGGUACUGAUGAUGAUGCAAGAUGGCUUCAAAUAAAUAAUAUAGAGUUAGUAAUGAUAGACUUUGGUUUAUCAUAUGUCGACUCGAGCACUGAAGAUAUGGGUGUGGAUUUGUAUGUGCUGGAAAGAGCUCUAAUCAGUACACACAAUGAUUUUCCAAACUUAUUCAAUAAGAUUCUAGAUGCUUAUAAGAAUUACAGUAAACAUAAUAAUGUAAAAGAAAUUCUGGCUAAGUUUGAAGAUGUAAGAGCAAGAGGCAGGAAGAGAACUAUGGUUGGAUAAUAUGUAUUAAUAAUAUAGUAUUAAUUGUUGUUUAUAAUUAUUAUGAAAUAAAAAUUA